CGGCCGCGGUGUGACGGAGCUUCCCGCGGGGACGGUGCAGGACCCCGGCCGCGGUGUGACGGAGCUUCCCGCGGGGAUGGUGCAGGACCCGGACUGCAGGCUGGUGGCCGAGCUGCUGCUGCGGGCGGGGGCGGCCGGCGGCAUCCUGUGCCUGUGUUCCCGCGCUUUCGUCGAAGAUCGAAAAUUAUAUAAACUGGGAUUAAAAGGAUUUUAUGUCAAAGAUGACAAUGACAGUACAGGGGACGAACAAGUGUCUGAGGAGGAAAACCAUUGUUCCAAUGGGAGAUUAAGGGUGGAUACUAAUCAUGCUCUGGACCUGGAAGAAGUUGAACUAGACUCAGAAGCUGAGCUUAUGAAGAGCAUGGGAUUGCCUCUUCAGUUUGGUGGACAGCYAGCCCACAAGGACUUUGUGACAACAGAAAAUUAUAGAAAGAAAAAUAACAUGAAGAUUAUUAAAAAGAAAAAGAAGAAAAAAGUGCAAAAACACGAGGAUAAAAUGGGACAGGACGAAAUUUGUGGUGAUUGUAUUGAGUCCAUUUCUGGUGAGCUGGCGCUGGCUACAGAGCAAUGUGAGAYGAGCAGCACACCUCAGACUGUAAUUGAAGGAAACUGUGAAAGUUCAGAAAGCCUUGCAAAUGAGGCUUUAGCCAGUGGACUUAAGGAAAAAUGGGAGAACUACUGGAGUGAGUACGGAGAGGGCCUUCUGUGGCAAAGUUGGCUGGAAAAACACCGAGUGGUCUCCUUGUCUGAGGCCAUCGCAACCUCUGAGCCUUGGAAUAGUCCAGAUACCAAGGAAGAAUGGGAGCAGCAUUAUAGUGAACUGUACUGGUACUACUGGGAGCAGUUUCAGUACUGGACAAGUCAAGGAUGGACUACUGAGAGCUCACMUGGUGACAAGGUGGAAGUUAAUGGAGUUACAGAGGAGACUGGUCUUUUGGGAGAAAUGGGCUUGGUUAGCCCAGGACCUGAGCAUAGUGAAGAGCUGAGCUUGGAGCUGUSUCCCUCCAACACCAGAAGUGAGGGUGCUGAGCCCCACAGUGAAAUAAUCUCUGGGAUUUGUAAUUUAAAUCUGAAUUUGGGGGAAGURGAGCAGAGCAGUGCUGCUCUAACAGUAGCCCAUGAAGAUCUUGAAGAGCACWUUUCAUCUGACAGUGGAAGCCAGAAGGAGCCCUGUGAUGGAGGAAGCAGGAAAAGGAGAGCAUCUUGUGGRAAUAAAAGUGUUAACCAGUCAGGUGUGCAGGAGUCAGGUAGCUCAAAUUCAAAUGAAAAAAAACAGUCGCUGCCUCAUGACCAAGAUGAAGAUGAGGGUGAAGAGCCUCCUGAAUACAGAUGUGUCAAAGUCAAGAGAAGCCAUGAGCUGGAUGUGGAUGAGAAUCCAGAGGAAGAUCCUGAGGAAGCCUGCUCUGUGCUGGGUUUCAAGUGUGGCACAGGACAAAAGUACGGUGGAAUUCCAGAUUUCACCCAUCGAAGUGUGCAGUACUUGGAGAAGAAAGCAAAACUCAAGUCCAAAUUGUUGGAUAUGCGUAAACCAAGGAGGAGCAAAAACACACACAUCUUCUUUACAGAGGAACCUGAAAUGACAUGCAAAAAGAGCAAAACUUUGAAGAAGGUGGAAAUGUUCCUGAAGCAGGUUAGUAAACCUGAGGCGGAAGACACGUCCCGGACAGCCACGCCUCAGGGUAAAACAGAGACAUUGUCUGUGACCAGCAGUGACUCAGAGGGUGAAGAAGGCGUUACUGCCACACAGAGUGCGAGGCUGGAUGCUGAAAUCCAAGAGCCACCGUCUUCCAGUGCAGCCUGCACAGAACCUGGAGGAAGCAAGCUUGAGAGAGAGCUGCAGGAUGCUGCAGUGAGUGGCCCUGAUGAGCAGGAGGCAGGGAUGCCAGAGAAUGGUGGUGGGCGGCAGCUUGUCCCUCUGGAUAUCCCAGAUUAUCUGCAGCCAGAGAUGGAGGACGUCAGCCAAGCUGUAGAUGAAAAUGUUUCUGCAAAGAAGGAGAAGCAAAGAAGAAGAAAGAGUAAAAGUGCAUGGAGAGCUGUACCUCCUGAGAUUGCUGCUGAUCCAGAGCUGGUCAAGUACUGGGCCCAGCGCUAUCGGCUCUUCUCUCGGUUUGAUGAGGGAAUUCAACUAGACAGAGAGGGCUGGUUUUCUGUUACUCCUGAGAAAAUAGCGAAGCAUAUUGCCAUCCGUGUUAGCCAGGCAUUCAACUGCGACAUCAUAGUGGAUGCGUUCUGUGGGGUUGGAGGAAAUGCUAUUCAGUUUGCGCUGACCUCAAAAAAAGUGAUYGCCAUCGACAUCGAUCCCGAGAAGGUGCGGCUGGCGCGCCACAACGCCGAGGUGUACGGCGUGGCCGAGCACAUCGAUUUCCUGUGCGGGGACUUCAUGCUGCUGGCAGCCGGCCUGCGCGCUGAUGUGGUGUUCCUCAGCCCGCCCUGGGGGGGACCCGACUACGCCACCGCCGAAAUCUUCGACAUCCAGACCAUGAUUUCCCUUGAUGGAUUUGAAAUUUUCAGGCUCUCCAAGAAGAUCACCAACAAUAUUGUGUAUUUUCUGCCUCGGAAUGUUGAUAUUAACCAGGUGGCUUCCUUAGCAGGGCCAGGAGGGAAAGUUGAAAUAGAACAAAAUUUUCUCAAUAACAAACUGAAGACAAUAACAGCUUAUUUUGGUGAUUUAAUAAGGCAUGACAUCUCCUGAACUCCAUGUGGAUUCUUCCAAACCAGCAUCCCUGACUGCUGCUUUGCUUAAACUUUUAUACAGCUGGCUGGUCAAAAAUGACUURAAGCCAUUUUCCGGUUUAAUUUCUGUUUACAGAAAGUUGUUCUGUUUAUUGCUACUGUCAAUAAAUGUUUUAUAAUAAUUUUGACAAAACUGUAAAGGUAGAAAAGCUGUGAAUGUAUGAAGAAAGACCUUUAUAAAAUGCAGUCUCACAAGGUUCGAACCCAGCCCAUGGAGGGGGGAUUCAGGAUUUCUUUGUAACU